AUGUCCUUUACGAAUGCGCCAGUGACGCGCACUCUCGUUCUUGGCUUGGUGACGAGCUCCAUUGCAGCCAGCCUGCUAGACGUCAAGCAUUACUUCUACAUUGUUGUCGAUACCCAUCUUUGGCGGUAUCAUCAAAUCUGGCGCCUUCUAGCAUAUCAGCUAUGCUGUACCAACUCGAGUGAGGUGCUAUUUGCUUCAAUGACCCUCUACCAGUUGAGGGUCAUUGAACAGAUAUGGGGGUCGAGGAAAUAUGCUUCAUUCGUAGCUGUAUCCGCGCUCUUCACCGCAAUCAUACCUCCCGUCUUCCUAUCCCUCGUCCUGCGUCCACUGACGGCCGGUCUGUUCAACUACAUGCCUGCCGGGCCAACACCAAUUAUUUUCGCGAUACUCGCGCAGUACCAUGCUGUGAUCCCACACGUCUACCGAUACCGCGUCGCAGCGUCAUCAGCACCACCUACGAACGACCAGUUUGUUGGUUUGACCUUCUCGGAUAAGUCAUACCGCUAUGCCCUCGCGUUGCAGCUGGCCCUCUUCCAAUGGCCGGGCUCAUUGCUUGGAGCUGUCAUCGGUUGGGUUGUGGGAUACUCAUGGAGGAACGACUUGUUACCAGGAGCAGUGACGAAAUGGCGCCUCCCAGGAUGGAUGGUUGGUGUCAGGACGCAGAGAAGACGGAGCGAAUUUGAGGGCCUUAGGCGGCGGUUGGAAGGCGAGGGCUCAUCUGCCACCGCAUCUGGUGCGCAGGGACAGGCUGAUGGAGACGCUGGACGGAGAAGACCGGCCGGUCAAGACAGGCGUGAGGACUGA